GCUGCAGAGGAAGAGGAGUGAGUGUCUGCACAAAGCUGUCAGCUGUCUGCACCCGGAGCCUCGCGACACUCAGCUCGUGCUCCGUAUACUACUACUACUACUACUACUACUACUUGUACUCACGCGCUUACUUUACAAGUGAUUUAACCGGGAAACUUGUGAAGAGUCCGCGGAGUCUGCUCGGCAUGGAGACUCGACUGCUGUGACUGCUGGACGGAUUUUUCCUGACAUUUCUUCUCACCGAAAAAUGGAGAGCUGACAGCCGAAGAGGAACCUGAAUAACAGCAGUGUGACGGGAUAAAGGGGAUAAAGCUCUCUCUACAGAGGCAGGGCUUUUAUUAUCUGUUUGAACUCUUAGUUCCUACUGCAGAUCAGCUGAGGGGGGAGAAGCGUCAUGGCUGCGUAUGGACAGACUCAGUACAGCCCCACCCUGCAGCCAGCGGGGCCAUACACACCUUAUACCCACCAUACACAGGGAUACAGCAUGCCAUCCUACAACAUAAAAACAGAAGACGGCCUGGGUCACUCUCCAGGACAGACGGGACUUCUGGGCUACUCAAACUUCAGCAGCACUCCACCCAGUCAGAGUCUCUACAGCUACUCACAUACCCACGGUGGUGGAAUUUCAUCUGGGAUUUUUCAGGGCACACAUGCAAUCUCCAGUUCAACACCAUUCAACCCUACACAACAAGAGUUUUCUGCAUACUCAGGCUACAGUCAGAGUCAGUACUCUCCGUAUUAUAACUCGCAUCACUACAACAGCCCCUACCUAACCAGCAGCAACAUCAGUCCUGCUGCCAUCACGGCUCCGUUAGCCUAUCAGCAUGCAGAACACCCCGUCAUGCUGCCCAAUCACAGCCCAGAAUCACACACAGGAGAGUACCACCCGCCACCCAGUCCCCCCACACCAGGUAAAGAGGAGGGGGUCCCAGCACGAAGGGGGUCAGAUGGGAAGCUGAGGGGGAGAAAAAGAGUGAGUGACCCCGCUCCACCUCUGGACUCUGACAUAGAGCGAGUGUUUAUCUGGGACCUGGAUGAAACCAUCAUCAUUUUCCAUUCGCUCCUCACGGGAACCUUCUCCUCACGAUUUGGCAAGGACUCUUCAAAGGCCGUGUCUCUUGGUUUGUGGAUGGAGGAGAUGAUCUUCAACCUGGCUGACUCCAGACUCUUUUUCAACGACUUGGAGGAAUGUGACCAGGUCCAUAUUGAUGACGUGGCAUCAGACGACAACGGCCAGGACCUGAGCACUUACAACUUUGGGUCGGACGGCUUCCAGAGCCCAGCAGGGGCCGGCUCUCUGUGCCUGGGGUCAGGGGUCCACGGAGGGGUGGACUGGAUGAGGAAACUGGCUUUUAGAUACCGCAGAGUCAAGGAAAUCUACAACACGUACAAGAAUAAUGUUGGAGGUCUGCUGGGCAGCCCAAAGAGAGAGGAGUGGUUACAGCUGAGGAGAGAGAUGGAGGUCCUGACUGACCUGUGGCUGACGCAGGCACUUAAAGCUCUGGCUCUUAUCAACUCCAGGCCGAACUGUGUGAAUGUGUUGGUAACCACCACACAGCUCAUCCCAGCGCUCUCUAAAGUGCUGCUGUACGGCCUGGGCUCAGCUUUCCCGAUAGAGAACAUUUACAGUGCCACAAAAACAGGUAAGGAGAGCUGUUUUGAGCGAGUCUCUCAGCGGUUUGGUCGGAGAGCAGUGUAUGUGGUGAUAGGAGACGGGGCAGAAGAAGAAGCCGUGGCCAAAAAGAAGAACAUGCCGUUCUGGAGGGUUUCCUGUCGGGCUGAUCUGGAGGCUCUGAGCCAUGCACUGGAGCUGGAUUACCUCUAGAGGGCGCCAGCUGUCUCUCUCAUGCUCUUUCAGCCUGAAUCGAGAAUCCUGAACUCCUGAGUGCAGCUCAUAGCAGCAAAAGAGACUGAUUCAGAGUCAGGGUUGCUUUUUUAAGGAUUUGGUGAUUUCUUUGGAGCAGCUAGGUGGACAUUUUUACACCACAGCCAAAGGAACUGUGAGGAUUUAGAUGCAGGGCUGCAUAAAAAAAGAUGCCAAAGGGAUAAAAAAAAGAAACCAAAGUGACAUAAAGGACCAAAACUUCACUACUAACUCCAGGGAACUACAGUUAAUACUGCAGAUAUGUUUUUUAGUGUUAUUAAUCAGUUCAUCUCAACUUUUUGAAAUGUGUUCCACUUUUUUAUGCAAAAAAGGUGAUGCACUGAAUAUAAAAUCUCUAACAAACACAGUGUGUACUGUAAGGCUGCAUGAAUGAAAAACUUAAAUUGUUGUUUAUUAUUCCAUGCCUCUUAUUAUGAGACUUCACCAUUUUUCCACAUUGACUAGACACAUUGCUACAUAAUUUUCAUGUAAUAUUCUCCUCAUAGGUUACAACCUUUAAAAAUAAUGUGAUGUAUUUCACCAUUAAAAUGUGAUCUAUUUAUUACUGGUUUAGCUCAAAACAAUAUGCAGCAUAAGAGCCCCCAGCUUAAAAAAAUCUUCAAAGACCAAAAAUCUGUUCCUGUUAAGAUGCUUUAAUAAGAGGUUUUGUUGAUGAUUCUGUGUUAUCAACUGAGGUUCCAGUCCUUCUUUUAGAUGCCUGGUUGUAAAUGUUUUCAUGUUUUAACUCCUCUCCUGUCCUGUUUAAUUUUCUAAUAACUUCUUUGUAAUAUAGAUGAACUGUUUUGGUCGUGCAUGUGCCGACCACACUGCCUGUCAGCUUAGCAAUGAUCUGUAUAUAAUGCUUUAUUGUCCCUUUGUUUUGACAGACAGUUAAAAUAGAUUAAUAAAAAUAAAUUAAUUGC